AUGCAUGAAGGCGAUCAAUUUGAAAGUUAUGAAUUCGAUGAAGACGAAGGUUUUGUAAACGAUGAAGAAGUAGGAGAUCUUGACAUCAAUGGCUUUAUUGACCAGAAUGGAUGGCUGGUAAAGUUGCCAAACUUCUUGUAUCAAAAGUGGACAAAAUUAGAAACUCCUAAUAAAACUUUGGGGAGAAUAGAGGUUUAUCACGAUGCAAAUGGGAUGUUUCCUCCAAAGUAUAAACUAGUAUUGGAGGAUGAUGAUGCAAAUAUAGACGUUCCAAAACAAUAUGAUAUAGAAAACUUACUUGGCACAAUGGAUAGUACUUAUUUUUUUGAUUACGAUGUUGAAAAUGAAGCUGUACAAAUUGCAGGUACUGUUUCAGAUAAUCGAUUUUUAAGACCUGCUUUUGACGAAGAUUACAGAAGAAAUUUAAGACAAAGAACACUUCAAGCCUCAAAACCAAAAAGACCAAUAAAAAUGAUUGAAAGUAACGAGAAUAGAGGUGGUUAUGUACCACCUGGUUCUUCCGCUGCUGCUGUCGCCAAGUUUGGAAAUCUUGUGAAAAAGAAACAAAAAGUUACAAAUGAACAAAAAACAACACGUAUGCCAGACGAACAACUUGUUAAUCUGUUAUUUCAUGCUUUUGAACAAUAUAAAUAUUGGACGUUUAAAGGAUUAAAAGAUUAUGUAAAACAACCCGAGUCAUUUUUAAAAGAUAAAUUAAAUGAAAUAGCAGUAUUAGAUAAACGUGGUCCAUACAAUAACUGUUAUCAUUUAAAGCCGGAAUAUACUCGAAAAUCAUCACAAACUUCCGAAGCAAUAGCACCAGCUGGUUUAGAAGCACCAGGAUCAUCAGGAGAUAUGGUUUAUGAACAUAUCCAGCUCGAAAAACUUAGAAACUUCCAAAAUGAUGACGAGUUAUCGAUCAGAAAAAUGUGCGAAUUGGAUUCACCAACCUCGACGGCAUUGGGAACAUUCAAGGAAAGCACCUACACGAGAAUUGGUGAUUCAGUGAAACAAACACAUCAGCAAAAACGUAAAGGUGAAGCAGAAAAAAUUAGGAUAAAAUAUCCUGACAGAAUUCCAGUUAUUUGUGAAAAAGCUGAAAAAUCAGAUAUCGCCACAAUUGAUAAAAAGAAAUAUUUAGUUCCUGCAGAUUUAACUGUUGGACAAUUUGUUUAUGUGAUUCGUAAACGUAUUAAACUGAGUUCUGAAAAGGCUAUUUUUAUUUUUGUUGGUGAAGUUCUUCCACCAACAGCAGCACUAAUGUCAAAUGUUUACGAAGAAUAUAAAGACAAGGAUGGAUUUUUAUACGUAACAUAUUCUGGUGAAAAUACAUUUGGAAUUUAUUAA